UGAUGAUGAUGAUGAUGAUUUUAAAAUAGCAUUGGGUCAAGCUAAGUACACCAAUGGACUCCAAGUUCCAGUACAUAUACAACACGUAUUUUCUGUGCUGAUAUACUUCUGUCCUAUAUUUAAAGGUACUCUGGAUUUCAGCUUGAUCAAGAUACUUUGCAUGGCAUCACCCAGCAACUCCUCCACUGGUUUAGUCUCUGAAUUCCUCCUCAUUUGCUUUCCUAACUAUGAAAGUUGGCAGCACUGGCUGUCCCUGCCCUUCAGCCUCCUCUUCCUCCUGGCCAUGGGGGCCAAUGCUACCCUCCUGAUCACCAUCUGGCUGGAUGCCUCCCUGCACGAGCCCAUGUACUACCUGCUCAGCCUCCUUUCCCUGCUAGACAUUGUGCUCUGCCUCACUGUCAUCCCUAAAGUCCUGGCCAUCUUCUGGUUUGACCUCAGGUCUAUCAGCUUUUCUGCCUGCUUCCUCCAGAUGUUCAUCAUGAACAGUUUCUUGACCAUGGAGUCCUGCACAUUCAUGGUCAUGGCCUAUGACCGCUAUGUGGCCAUCUGCCACCCCCUGCGGUACCCAUCCAUCAUCACUGACCAAUUUGUGUCUAGGGCUGCCAUCUUUGUUGUGGCCAGGAAUGCUCUCUUUUCUCUUCCUGUUCCCAUCCUCUCUGCCAGGCUAAGAUACUGUGAUGAGAAUAUCAUCAAAAACUGCAUUUGCACUAAUCUGUCUGUGUCCAAACUCUCUUGUGAUGACAUCACAUUUAAUCAACUCUAUCAAUUUGUGGCAGGUUGGACCCUGCUGGGCUCUGACCUUAUCCUUAUUAUUCUCUCCUACUCUUUCAUCCUGAAUGCUGUGCUCAGGAUCAAGGCUGAGGGAGCUAUGGCCAAGGCCCUGAGCACCUGUGGUUCCCACUUUAUCCUCAUCCUCUUCUUCAGCACAGUCCUCCUGGUUCUGGUCAUCACUAACCUGGCCAGAAAGAGAAUUCCCCUAGAUAUCCCCAUCCUGCUCAAUAUCCUGCACCAUCUCAUACCCCCAGCUCUGAACCCCGUUGUUUAUGGUGUGCGAACCAAAGAGAUAAAGCAAGGAAUCCAGAAGCUGCUGAGGAAGUUGUAAAAGGUAAAAAGGAUCAGACUCACCUUUGGAAUCAUUAAUAAAAGUAGGGAACUGUUUUUAUGUCAUAAAGGAACUGUCAGUUUUUAAUCCUAGAAUGAGUUCUGAUUCUGCUUUUUCCUCAGAUCUGUGGCAGUAAUGAAGACAUUCACUUAUGAACUUUUGUUUCGUAUUUUUUUAAAGGAAAUCUAUCUUUCCUGGAUUCUGUGGUUACCUGGAAAUUUUUUUUUUUUGACUUAAUUCCUGACAGAGGGCCUUGGCUAGCCUUAGCUAAAUGGAGCUUGACUAGAGGGGGAGUGUUUGACCAUUAAAGCAACAAUCUCCAACAAUCUGUCUCUUGUUUUACAAAGGACAUAGUUGCCUCUUUUGUCUCCUGGUUCAGGCUGCCAGAGUUCUGCCUGGCUUUUGUGCCAUGAGGGGAUUGCUUGCGCUGAAGUAAGGGUAGACAUUGAUGCCUAAACUUUAGCUCCUGGGCCUGAAUGCUUUGCCCUGAGCGCCCCCAACCCUCUUCUUUGGAAUCCUUGGCAGAUGUUCCAACCAUUGGCUCCUCGGAUCCUACCACCUAAAAAACCCAACCCGUUGCUGUCCAGUGGAUUCCAACUCAUAGCGAUCUUAUAGGACAUAGUAGAACUGCCUCAUAGUGUUUCCAAGAAGUGGUUGGUGGAUUCAAACUGCCAACCUUUUGGUUAGCAGCAGAGCUCUUAACCACUGCGUCAGACCUCUUAAAAAUUUCAGUCUAUGUCAUGUCUUUGCAAGGAAUAUUUCACAGCAGCAACCUGUCUCUUGUGGGAAGAAUAUUAAGACCUUCAAGUUCAUAAUUUUCUCAAGUAUCAUUUGAACAAUUUUCUCAAUUGAGGUAUUCUACUUUCCUCUGUAUUGAAGCUUAUCUUGUGCUGAAUGACUUGUAUUACAUUUAAUUUUUCUACAGUAUUAAAAAAAAAUUUUGUAUGUUACAGCAUCGAUCAUCUCCUCUUCUAUUACAGACUUUCUAUGUUUUGGCCCUAAUGUACUUUUAGACUUACCAAGGUCUCUUUGUUUUCCCUACCACUGCAGGAAAACCUGGUGGCCAAGUGGCUAAGUGCUAUGGCUGCUAGCGUAAAGGUUGGCAGUCUGAAUCCACCAGGUGCUCCUUGGAAACUCUAUGAGGCAGUUCUACUUUGUUCUAUAGGGUCGCUAUAAGUCGGA